GUGAAUUCAGAAGGAACAAAAUAGGUUAAAAAUCAAUUUACUCUUUUGCCUAAUUUUCGUAGAGAAAAAUAUGUGAGUUUAUAACAAUGAAUUCCAUUUCUUUCUAUUAUAUCAAAUUGACGGAUCAAAAAUUGUUAGUUUCCUUUUUGAGUAACUACUAGUUUCCCAUUAUUUCAUACAAAUAAUAAUAAUAAAACUUAUUACUUCUACUUUGAGUAUUAUUUGUCAUGUUCUAUAGUAUGAUUGUGUAUGCAUUUCAUUUUUUAAUAGAAAAAAAAGGCUCUUAAAAGUGCACAUAGACCAGUCACAAUCCCUGGGUAACGAAUUUUUUGGCAAAAAAAAAAAAGUGAUACGGAGAACAUAUUUCUCUCUUUUUUUUUUUUGUUAUUAUUGCCCAUAUUUAUAUUAAGUUAUUUGCAUUUUUUUUUUCUUUUUAUAAAACUAAUAGCAAUGUCAAUGAAAAAGUUACAAGCCGAGAUCGAUCGGGUCUUGAAGAAAGUUGGUGAGGGCGUAGAGACAUUCGAUAGUAUAUUCGAUAAAAUACAAUCCACUAGCAAUACAAAUCAAAAAGAAAAAUAUGAACAAGACCUUAAAAAGGAAAUAAAAAAACUUCAACGUUUACGUGACCAAAUCAAAACUUGGUUAUCAUCGAACGAUAUUAAAGAUAAAACCGCUUUAAUGGAAAACAGAAAACUGAUCGAGUCUGAGAUGGAACGAUUUAAAAAUGUGGAACGUGAGAUGAAAACAAAAGCAUUUUCAAAGGAAGGAUUGUUGCAAAGGGAGCGUAUGGAUCCAAAAGAAAAAGAAAAAGCAGACGCGUGUGAGUGGAUUUCAACCACUGUGGAAGAACUUUCGAGGCAGAUUGAGAUGGCGGAGGCAGAGGUCGAGACAUUGCAAGGCACUUCUCGAAAGGGAAAAAAGGAUCAUGCUAAAGUAGAACGAACGAACGAGUUGGAACAUUUUAUUGAACGUGAUCGAUGGCAUAUUAAUCGAUUAGAACUCAUCUUAAGAUUACUUGAAAAUGAUCAACUUUCUCCUGAUCGAGUGCUAGCUUUACAAGAUGAUGUACAAUAUUAUCUUGAAUGUAAUCAGGAACCCGAUUUUGAAGAAGAUGAAUUAGUGUAUGAUGACUUGAAUCUUGAAGAAGAGGAAGAAAUGUAUAACGUUGGCACUGAAGAUUAUCAUGUAACAACAGAAGAUGCGGAAGAAAAAUCAGUAUCGAAAAAACCAAAAGAAAAAGAGAACAAUGACGAAUUAUCUUCACCAGUUUCUAUACGAAAAUCAACUUCAGCGUCUAAUAAUUCAAAACCAACAGUAGCAAGUAGUAAACCGGUAACAACUAAUUUGCCAGCAAAUAAGUUAUCAAAUAAUGUUACUGUUACGUCUGUUGUACCACCAGCAAAUAAUCUGAAAUAUGCACAAGCAGCCAGUAUUGCUGAUAGUCCUAAAGAAAAACCUCAAUCACCAAAAGUAGUUGUUCCGUCUGCUUGGUCAGGACCUAUUAAGAUUGCAGAUCAAAUUAAAUCGUCUACUGCGCCUGCAGGAGAGAGUAAAGCAGAGGUAACUGAAAUUGUAAAUAAAACGCCACAACAACAACAACAACAGCAGCAGCAGCAGCAGCAGCAACAGCAGCAGCAACAGCAACAGCAACAGCAACAGAAAUCUAUAACUUCGUCUGCGCCAGGUGCGCAGGUCAAUACAACUUUGAAUAAUGUUACAAAAACGUUACCAAUGGAUGCAUCUUUAACUCAGCAACCAGGCGCAGAAAUUGAAUCACGUUUACCUAAUUCAUUAGCUGACCUUGCAACCUCAUUUGAAGCCAUCAAAGCAAAGGCUACUUCUGGGAAUGAAGAUAUACAGUAUACAAAUCGUAUGUUGGACGCAAGUUUACAAUUUGUUCCUGAUUUAAUAGAUUCUGAAAGACCUAAAGUAUAUCAAGCACAAACACCACAAAUAACACCAGCUUAUUAUCCUCAACAACCUUUAGCUAUUUUUGACAAUCCAAGUUUAUUUGAAAAAUUCGAUAUGGAUGCGUUAUUCUUUAUCUUUUAUUAUCAACAAGGAACUUAUCAACAAUAUUUAGCAGCAAGAGAACUAAAAAAACAAUCCUGGCGCUUUCAUAAAAAAUACUUGACUUGGUUUCAACGACAUGAAGAGCCUAAAACAAUUACAGAUGAAUACGAGCAAGGAACUUAUAUUUAUUUCGAUUACGAAGGUGCUUGGUGUCAACGAAAAAAGACAGAGUUUAGAUUCGAAUAUCGUUAUUUGGAAGACGCAUAAUUAAUUUAACACGAGAUUUAUUAUUAAUAAUAUAAUUUUUUUUUUCCUAAGUUAUUGAUAUUAUUAAAAAAAAAUAAUUUUUAUUAAAAUUUAUGUACAAAAUACAAAGAG